AUUAAAAAAAAAAAUCAACAUACCGUUUAUGAAAUCUUUUUUAUAAAAAAAAAAAAAAAAAGUGUGAUAAUUUCAAGUCCUCUCUCAUAAUAAUGAAGGACAGGUAAUGGGUUUGUUUAAUUCAAUAAAGUCAAAUUGGAAACAGACUUGUUUAGCCAGCACCGAGACAACCCAGCUUGAUUAUGAAUUUUGCAUCACUUAUAACAGUAAAAAAAAAAUAAAAAAAUCUCACUACCUCCAUCAUCUCUGCUCCAUCUUUUCCCUUCGCGCGUAUGACUCCCUUUCUGAUUCCACUUCAACAACCACAAAAGGUGAGAAAUUCAACUACCCAUUUACUUGAUUGAACCAAAACACCAGAAAACAAUUCAUCAGAUUGAAUAAAGAUGGAGCAAAAUGAAGUGGGUCUUGAUUUGGAGAAGAAGAACAAGAACUCAGAAGAGGAGGAAGAAGAAGAAAAAGAAAGGCACCGAAAGUACUAUUCAGUAGAGCAGAUAUUCGAAGAGCAGGAAGUGCCAUCAUGGAGAAAGCAACUGACUGUAAGGGCAUUCUUGGUGAGCUUUGUGCUGAGUAUAUUAUUCAGCUUCAUAGUAAUGAAGCUAAAUCUAACGACUGGGAUUUUACCUUUACUCAAUGUAUCUGCUGGUCUUUUGGGUUUCUUUUUCCUCAAAAUUUGGACAUCUUUUCUUUCCAAGUUUCGGUUACUCAGCCAACCAUUUACAAGACAAGAGAACACUGUUAUCCAGACUUGUGUUGUUGCCUCCUCCGGAAUCGCCUUCAGUGGAGGUUUUGGGAGUUACCUCUUUGGAAUGAGUGAGACUAUUGCCAAACAGUCAGCAGAAGACAAAAUUGAUCAUAAAAAUCCCUCAUUACCUUGGAUGAUUGGCUUCCUAUUCGUAGUUAGCUUUCUGGGCCUUUUCUCCGUGGUGCCACUCAGGAAGAUCAUGAUCAUAGACUUCAAAUUGACAUAUCCAAGUGGCACUGCAACUGCUCAUCUCAUCAACAGUUUCCACACUCCUGCAGGAGCCAAGCUAGCAAAGAAACAAGUGAAGACACUGGGUAAGUUCUUUUCUUUCAGCUUCUUGUGGGGUUUCUUUCAAUGGUUCUAUGCUGCAGGAGAUGGUUGUGGAUUUGGUAGCUUCCCUACAUUUGGACUCGAGGCAUAUAAAAACAAGUUUUACUUUGAUUUCUCAGCAACAUAUGUUGGAGUUGGAAUGAUUUGCCCUUAUAUUGUUAACAUAUCAGUUUUGCUUGGAGGAGUUCUUUCCUGGGGUCUAAUGUGGCCUCUGAUAGAUACUAGAAAGGGUGAUUGGUAUCCUGCAGCACUGAGCUCAAAUGACAUACAUGGCCUUCAAGGUUACAGGGUUUUUAUUGCUAUCGCCAUGAUCUUGGGUGAUGGUCUAUACAACUUCUUCAAGGUGCUCACCCGGACACUGGUUGCCUUGUUUCUCCAACUUCGAAAUAGAGGUGCAAGAAAUUUCCUUCCUAAUGCUGGCCAACUUUCUCCCAGGAGCUGUAACUUCUCUUAUGACGAUGAACGUCGGACUCGGCUGUUUCUCAAGGAUCAAAUUCCGACAUGGUUUGCUAUUGCAAGCUAUGUUGCAAUUGCUGCCAUUUCUACUGCCACUCUUCCGCACAUUUUUCACCAGCUCAAAUGGUAUUACAUACUGGUCAUCUAUUUCUUUGCACCAACCUUGGCAUUUUGUAAUGCUUAUGGGUGUGGACUCACUGACUGGUCCCUUGCCUCCACCUAUGGGAAGCUUGCUAUUUUCACAAUUGGCGCAUGGGCUGGGGCCUCACAUGGUGGAGUUAUUGCUGGACUUGCAGCUUGUGGAGUCAUGAUGAACAUCGUCGCCACAGCCUCUGACCUAACCCAGGAUUUUAAGACAGGUUACUUAACCUUGUCUUCACCACGGUCAAUGUUUGUGAGCCAAGUAAUUGGAACCGCGAUGGGUUGCAUAAUUUCCCCUUGUGUCUUUUGGCUCUUCUACAAAGCGUUUGAUGAUCUUGGGCAGCCUGGAAGUGAAUACCCUUCUCCUAAUGCUGUUAUAUACAGAAACAUGGCAAUUUUGGGGGUACAGGGCUUCUCAGCACUGCCAAAGGAUUGCCUCUUGCUUUGUUAUGUGUUUUUUGGUGCUGCCAUUCUGAUAGACGUGAUCAAAGACACAUUGGGUAAGAGAUGGGCGAGAUUCAUACCUCUCCCAAUGGCAAUGGCCAUACCUUUCUAUUUGGGGCCAUACUUCGCCAUUGACAUGUGCGUAGGAAGCUUCAUUCUGUUUGUCUGGGAAAAGAUCAACAAGACAAAGGCGGAUGCCUUUGGCCCAGCAGUGGCUUCCGGUUUGAUUUGCGGGGAUGGAAUAUGGACUUUGCCUAGUUCGAUACUAGCUCUAGCAGGAGUUAAGCCACCCAUUUGCAUGAAGUUUUUGUCGGAGGGAGCAAAUAGCAGGGUUGACAAGUUCUUAGGAUCAUGAGGUAAGCUUGAAGGUUUGGCUGUAGUGCUUUCUUGUAUAUUAAUUCUUAGGCCUUCUCAUUAGCAAAAAAACAUGGUGUAGAAAAGAAAAUGUCAUUGUUGUUUUUUUUACCUUACUAUUACAAUAUAUCUGUAUUUUGUUUUUUGUUUU